ACUAGCUAGAAAUUUUGGGGCAAAAUUCCAGAGUGAUAUGAUAUUCCAAGAUAGGUUUCCUACAGCUGGAGGAUCAGUUGCUGAAUACCAAGGCCAAGUUCUUGGAGAAGGGAGGGGGACUUUAGAUAUCUUGGAGGAAAUGCACACCUGUUUUUUCUCUUUGCUUUUGAGUAUAGUUUAAAGUUCUUCCUUAACUGGUAUGUGGUCUUUUUUGCAUAAAAUUCUUAUGUGCAGGUAUUUUAUUUCUGUUUUGAAAUUCUGUAAGUUUAUCUUGUAAUAAAAAUCAGUCUGAUAAAACACUAAUCUUAGACUAUUGGCAUUGAUAGCACAGUCUUCAAGAGAUGGAACCAAACAAUUUUAUUAGAGCGCUACUUUUUUAAGUAGCGAGUUUCCAGAAAUUUGUGAGUAUAGUCUUUCCUGAUGCUACAGAGGACGGUCAGACAGGUUUUAUGUAGAGUUUGUUAGAGUAUGUUAUUGCCUUUAGGAACUGCUGCAGUUUGUUGCUAUGGGUCGUAAUGAAGAUAACAACAUAUGGGACUUGACAUUCACACCAUUUUUUUUGUCACCUGUUUGUUGCACGUGCUGUGCAGAUUUACAGUUGAAAUUUUGACUAAAUUUAUUCUCUACACAUUUCCCUUGAGGAGUAGGAGCAGUAUUACUGCUAGUAGUACACGUUUCAGUGUGCUGGUAAGCUGAAGGUUCAUUUCUUGGGUAAGUACACUUGGGUGCACUGUUAGGUGAAAUGUCUUUUUAAAAUGUUUUCCAGUUUUUAAAUGUCUUAUCAAAAUGUUCUUCUGCUUUUUAUACGUCUUUAAAGUUUGCCUUGUUUUAUGUAAUAUGAAUAACAAAUGUUUCUGUGGUAUUGUUUUCAUGGUAAUAAUUUGGCUUGUAUUAAUUAUAAAAUGUCUGAACAUACUUUGGUAAUAAUAUAUCAUGUUUAAGGUUUUAACAGCACUAGCUUUCCCCAAGAAGAGCUUCUGUCAUUGUUUCACUACAGGGCUUUAGUAGCUGCUUUUAUCUUUAGCAAAGAACUUGCAGCAGGGUAUCCCUAAUUUCUGUAGUAUAAUCUCCUUGAUGUGUCUCAGCCGAGCUGCUGGAUGAGAGCGGGAAGGGAAGGAAAAAAACAACAAACCAACUUGAUUAGGUUGGGAACUAUGGUUGCAAUUGAUGCUCAAUUUGGAUAAUUUACAAUUAUCUAUAGACUUUGCCUGUUUGCAGGCAACCUUAUUCUUUUCUCCGAAUAAGGAACAAUUCCCUCAUGGUUUUAACAUUUGGCAUGAAAAAAUGAGUCUUUACCAUUCCUCCUCCCUGUUUUUUAAAAUGGCAUGCCUCAUGUAUAUGCCUAUGCUGUCUCCUCUGAAGUGUUAGUGCUUUCUUGUAUUGUUACACCCUUUCAGUCACCUGAAGGUGAAAAGGGAGAUCAGGAAAAGUGCUUGACUUGACCUCUUGUGUUGGUGAAAACUAUCAAAAUGGAGUUAAACAUUAAUUAAAAUUAAAAUUUUUGAAGUUUAAUAUGAGUGUCCAUGACCUUGAAACGCCAGCCAAGAGCUGUGGCUUUGCUAAUGAGCAUUGUGAUGGUUAUAACUGGAUGGGAGUUGUUGCAGACUUCCUUUUUUUUUUCUGUGGUGUCAGAUCCUUCAAGGGUCUUCCUUUUGUCAUAUUUAUUUUGAUAAAUACUGCAUCUGGCACAGUAUCCAAACCCAUAACCUGGUGAGACAGCUGCGUGUGUCAGACUGCCUUGUAAUAACCAUCAGAAUGUACUAGUAGAGGUGAGAUACCAUUUAUCUCCAGUGAAUAUAUGCUGCUGUUUAAUCAGCUACCAAAACUUGCACGUUCAUUUUGAGGAACAAAUAAGUUUUUUAAUUACUGAACAUACUCAGUUUAACUCCAGGUCUGAACAAUGUACCCGUUUGCAACUGUUCAGAGCUAUUAUUCUUCCUGUUUGGGAGAUGGGGAAACUUGCUAUCUUAGUGGAGUACAGCUUGACAGUUUGGUCAGUUAUUGGAGGGGGGAGUGGUAAGCUGUUGGAGGUAAGUUUCCCAAUUUCCCAGUUGGCUCCAGUUGCAGCCUGCCCUGUGUUUUCGCACGCUGGCUGCAAUGGGGAUGCCCGCGCUGCAGUGGGACCAGUGACAGAAGCUGUUCUUUAGAAUUUUCAGGAUGGCUGUUUUCUGCGUCAGAAUGAGACAGUCCUGCUGGGCAGAGCCAACGCCAAGAGCAAAGGUAAGGUAAAGUUUAUUCAAUGAGAAUGCUUAAGACAGCCAAGCAGCUAGUACCAUCUACUACGGUAAUAGUCACAGGAAUUCCUUUUUACCAUUAGAUUCAGUUUUAGUUUUUGUACUACAACUUUUCCUGUUCUGUAAAUAACUUUAUGCUGGAUUCUUUUCAUUAAACUAGUUUGAAUUGAAGUAGUAUGUGCUUAGAUGUAAAUGUUAAUUGUGUGACUUUUUUCCGUUCCCUUUUCAAAAUUCUUUAAUCUGCUGUUUCCUCUUUCUUUCAUCUGGAAAAAAAAAAAGGGGGUAUAAUGUAAGCUGGUCUCUAUUUCAUCACGGGAGAUGCUGAUUCUAUAAAAUAGUGCUGAAAAAAUGCACUAAAAAGUUUUGGGAGGAAUGAGACCCCAGGAAACAUCUGCUUUCUUUAUACAUCCUCUCUUGGAGACUUUCAGCAAUGCUGUGGUGUGCGAGAAAAUGCUUGCUGUCUGCGACCAUGCUGAGUUACAGCUCGUGAGGAAAAAGGGGGCAUUUUCACCCCAAUGCUCAGUGACUCGGUUGCAUGUGUGGGAUUGAAUACUGGAAAAAGAAGUCAGUAAUCUUCUUAGUAACUGCAAACCAACUGUAUGCAGUUGUGGUCCAAACAGUGGAUGUAAAACUAAAUCCAAGUAAGGAGAAAGUUGGAAUGCAAUAGAUCUGUGAAUGUGAGCUCCUCACAUUUGUUCAGGGAUCGAUAUGUAAAUUUUCUCAGUGGCCAUUCUAGAACCUGAUGGACAUCUGGCUUUAAUUCACACCUGUGAAAAUGAAAGAGCAAAAUUUUUUACAGCAUGUUUCCUUGGUUCUGACACGCAGAAUUAUUUUCCUCAGAACAGAUGAGUUUGAUCUCCAUUUUUUUUCCUGUUACUUGGUGCUGGGCUAUAGCUUUCAAUACCUUUGCUGAAAUAGUGGGGUUUUGUUUUUUUCCCUCUCUCUUCAAACUAUACAGAACUCUUAUUUGCAAAACCUGGUUUAGCCAAGAGGACUUCAACGAACUGUGAUGUGAAAGGCUUCUCAAAUAUUUUCUUUGGUCUCAAAAAUUUUUUUGGUUGCUUUUUGUUGUGGGCAAAGGUAAUUCUCUGCUCUGUAUUAGUGUAUCAAAAGCACCAGUAUCUUAAAGCAUCAUUUGCUGAGAAGCUGUCUAGGAAAUCUGCUUUUGCUAUCUGUGAAGCCUUACUAUAGCAUACUUUUAAAACCAGUUUUCAGAAUUUGUGCAGCCUCAGAAGCCUCCCAUGUUGGCACCUGCAAGUUUGACUUCUUUUGGACUUCAUGAAAAAUACUGUUGUGUUUUUGUAUUUUUAUAAUUUUGUGUGUAGUUUCAGUUAUAGUUUGUUAGAGGCUAAGACUGUUAGAUAUUAACCCAUUAUAAUUAUUAUAAUUAUAAUUACUGUAUGUGCAGAUUGUAUAUUUACACAAUGCUUUACCUGUUGUACCGUGUUUGUGAGAUGUUACCAUUUAAGAUGGCGCUUUAUUUCAAAUAAAAGCCUGUUGUUUCUCAGUCGAUAGUAUUUAAUAUUGAUGGCGAUUGUGAGUUGUAUGAUGUUGUAAUGUGCCGUUGGACCACAAAGAGCUGGAGGUGGGAAUCAGUGGUUCUGGGGGCUGCAUUCUUUCUGCAGGUGAUAUUUGAAAAGUGAUUCCUGAGGUAAAGUGUUAUGUUUCUGGGGGGAGAGGGCAUGGGGAGGGAUUGUAUGGUUAAUUUUUUUUCUUUUUCAUUUCCCCUGUCCCCAAUGAUUUGCGUACCUUGUGCUUUCUGCUUGUUUUUUUCUUUACUAUUAAACUGCUGAUGUUUAUUUCCAGGAAUGUUUUGCAAAUGUCCUUCUCACUCUUCCCCUCUACAACUGUAGGCGUUCGUUGUGAAACAUCUUUUGGAGUAUACCCAACAGAGUGAGUCCAACCUGCAGUACAGCUUGUUUUUAGUUUUUGGCAUCUUUAUGACGGAAAUAGUGCGAUCUUGGUCCCUUGCGCUAACCUGGGCCUUGAAUUACCGCACGGGGGUUAGACUGCGUGGAGCUAUCUUGACAAUGGCAUUUAAGAAAAUUCUCAAGCUGAAGAAUAUCAAGGAGAAGUCUCUUGGCGAGCUCAUAAAUGUAUGUUCCAAUGAUGGUCAAAGGAUGUUUGAAGCUGCAGCAGUUGGCAGUUUGUUGGCUGGGGGCCCUAUUGUGGCCAUCUUAGGAAUGGUUUAUAAUGUAAUUAUUCUGGGCCCAACAGGCUUCUUGGGCUCUGCUGUCUUCAUCCUUUUCUACCCAGCAAUGAUGUUUGUGUCACGCCUCACUGCUUAUUUCAGAAGAAAAUGUGUAUCAACAACAGAUGAACGUGUGCAAAAGAUGAAUGAAGUUCUUAAUUACAUUAAGUUCAUUAAAAUGUAUGCCUGGGUCAAACCAUUUUCUCAGAAUGUUCAAAAGAUCCGUGAGGAAGAACGUAAAAUCUUAGAGCGUGCUGGCUAUUUCCAGAGCAUCACUGUGGGUGUGGCUCCCAUAGUUGUAGUCAUUGCCAGUGUGGUGACUUUUUCUGUCCAUAUGAUCCUUGGCUACGAUCUUACAGCAGCUCAGGCAUUCACAGUGGUCACUGUCUUCAAUUCAAUGACUUUUGCUCUAAAAGUAACACCUUUCUCAGUGAAGUCUCUAUCCGAGGCAUCUGUUUCCGUUGACAGAUUUAAGAGUUUAUUUCUAAUGGAAGAGGUUCAUAUGAUAAAGAAAAAACCAGCCAAUCCUCACACCGCGAUAGAGGUGAAAAAUGCUACCUUGGCUUGGGACUUCUCCCACGCCAGCGUCCAGAGCUCACCAAAGUUGACCCCCAAAGUGAAAAAAGACAAGAAAGUAACCAAGGGCAAGAAAGAGAAAAUGAAGCUGCAGAAUGAGGGACAGCAAGCUGUGCUGGCAGAGCAGAAGGGCCAUCUUCUAGUGGACAAUGAUGACCAUCCUAGCCCCGAAGAGGAGAACAGAAUCAUCCACCUGGUUAACCUUCGGCUUCAGAGGACUCUGUACAACAUUGACUUGGAGAUAGAAAAGGGAAAACUUGUUGGAAUUUGUGGCAGUGUGGGGAGUGGAAAAACUUCUCUCAUUUCGGCGAUUUUAGGACAGAUGACCUUGUUGGAGGGUAGCAUUGCUGUAAGUGGAACAUUUGCAUAUGUGGCCCAGCAGGCCUGGAUUCUCAAUGCUACGCUUCGGGACAACAUUCUUUUCGGCAAGGAAUACGAUGAAGAAAGAUACAACACUGUGUUGAAUGGUUGCUGUCUAAGGCCUGACCUAGCCAUCCUUCCAAAUGGGGACCUGACAGAGAUUGGUGAACGAGGGGCUAACCUGAGUGGAGGACAGCGUCAGAGAAUCAGUCUGGCUCGAGCCCUGUACAGUGACAGGAGCAUUUACAUCCUCGAUGAUCCCCUUAGUGCCUUAGAUGCUCAUGUUGGAAAUCACAUUUUUAACAGUGCAAUAAGGAAGCACCUGAAGUCAAAGACUGUCCUUUUCAUCACUCAUCAGCUUCAGUAUCUUGUUGACUGUGAUGAAGUGGUCUUCAUGAAAGAAGGCUGCAUUACUGAGCGAGGAAGUCAUGAGGAAUUAAUGAAUUUAAAUGGGGACUAUGCAACCAUUUUUAAUAACCUACAGCUGGGAGAGACACCACAUAUUGAGAUUAAUAUAAAGAAGAACACAAACAGUUCACUGAAAAGACCCCAGGAUAAAAGUACCAAAGCAGGGUCUGUGAAGAAGGAGAAAGUUGUGAAGAAGGAAGAGGGCCAGCUGGUUCAGUUGGAAGAGAAAGGCAAAGGCUCUGUCCCCUGGUCUGUGUAUGGCAUCUACAUUCAGGCAGCUGGAGGCCCCUUUGCAUUCCUCGUGAUAAUGGCUCUGUUUGUGCUGAAUGUGGGCAGUACAGCUUUUAGCAACUGGUGGCUGAGUUUCUGGAUCAAACAAGGCAGUGGAAACACCACCGUGACUUUGGGAAAUGACACUGUCAUAAGUAACAGUAUGAAAGAUAACCCUUACAUGCAUUACUAUGCUGGCAUCUAUGCACUGUCUAUGGCAGUCAUGUUGAUCCUGAAAGCUGUUCGUGGUGUCGUCUUUGUAAAGGGAACUCUCAGAGCAUCCUCAAGGCUCCACGAUGAGCUGUUCCGACGGAUUCUGCGUAGCCCCAUGAAGUUCUUUGACACUACACCCACUGGGCGGAUUCUCAACAGGUUUUCCAAAGACAUGGAUGAAGUUGACGUUCGUUUGCCGUUUCAAGCAGAAAUGUUCAUCCAGAAUGUCAUCCUUGUGUUCUUCUGUGUGGGGGUGAUUUCUGGAGUUUUCCCCUGGUUCCUGGUGGCAGUGGGGCCCCUCAUUGUCCUGUUCACAGUUCUGCAUGUUGUGUCUAGAGUCUUUAUUCGAGAGCUCAAGCGUCUGGACAACAUCACACAGUCUCCAUUCCUGUCUCACAUUACAUCUAGCAUACAGGGUCUGUCGACAAUCCAUGCCUACAACAAAGGACAAGAAUUCCUGCACAGGUAUCAGGAGCUUCUAGAUGAUAAUCAGGCACCGUUUUACCUGUUCAGCUGUGCAAUGCGCUGGCUAGCUGUACGGCUGGACAUUAUCAGCAUCGCUCUCAUCACAACCACUGGCCUUAUGAUUGUUCUAAUGCAUGGCCAGAUUCCUCCUGCCUAUGCUGGGCUGGCUAUCUCAUAUGCUGUGCAGUUAACAGGGUUAUUCCAGUUCACAGUCAGACUUGCUUCAGAAACAGAAGCUCGCUUCACCUCAGUGGAGAGGAUUGAUCACUAUAUCAAGACUCUUUCCUUGGAAGCUCCUGCUCGAAUUAAGAAUAAAACUCCCCCUCUGGACUGGCCACAGGAAGGUGAAGUUGUUUUUGAAAACGCAGAGAUGCGGUACCGAGAAAAUCUCCCUCUAGUACUUAAAAAAGUGUCCUUUACCAUCAAACCAAAGGAAAAGAUUGGCAUUGUGGGAAGGACAGGCUCAGGGAAGUCUUCCCUUGGAAUGGCACUCUUUCGUUUGGUUGAACUGUCUGGAGGCUGCAUUAAAAUUGAUGGAGUGAAAAUAAAUGACAUUGGUUUGGCAGAUCUUCGCAGCAAACUGUCAAUAAUUCCUCAGGAACCUGUGCUAUUCAGUGGCACUGUAAGAUCAAACUUGGAUCCUUUCAAUCAGUACAGUGAGGAGCAAAUCUGGGAUGCUUUGGAAAGGACUCACAUGAAGGAGUGUGUUGCCCAGCUGCCUAUGAAACUUGACUCAGAAGUAAUGGAAAAUGGAGAAAACUUUUCAGUUGGAGAGAGACAGUUACUGUGCAUAGCUAGAGCUCUACUGCGUCGUUGCAAGAUUUUGAUACUGGAUGAAGCAACAGCUGCUAUGGACACAGAGACAGACUUACUGAUUCAGGAGACUAUCAGAGAGGCAUUUGCAGAUUGCACUAUGUUAACAAUUGCUCAUCGUCUGCAUACUGUACUGGGUUCUGAUCGGAUCAUGGUGCUAACACAAGGACAGGUAGUGGAAUUUGAUACGCCGUCUGCCCUUCUGGCUAAUGAGAACUCACGCUUCUAUGCUAUGUUUGCUGCUGCGGAGAACAAGGUCGCUGUCAAGGGCUAAAAUUCAGGGCAAAGUCACUUUAAUUUUGGAGAGCUGCACUCCCUGCCUGUGGCAGACCAGCUCUUCCUCCUCCUCCUCCUCGUCCUCCUCCAAGCAGAUUAUUGCCUUUUCAUCUUUUAAUUUUUAGCACAAUGUGUCAAGCCAGAGAGUUUUUAAAACCAUGUCAGAAGAAUUCUUCAUGUUUUUAUUAUUGUAUUUAUUCCAUAAUCAUAUUACUAAUUUUUUGUUAUUAAAUGCACUCUACAAAUGGCUCAGGGAGCCAUAGUUAUAAAUGUAUCAGAGGCCUAUAAUGAAGCUUUAUACAUGUAGCUAUAUCUAUACAUAAUUCUGUAUAUAGCCUAUAUUUACAGUGGAAAUGUAAGCUGUUUAUUUUAUAUUAAAAUAAGCACUGUAUUAAUAACAGUGCAUAUUCUUUUCUAUCAUUUUUGUACAGUUUAUGGUACCAGAGGUCUGGCUUUAUCAGACUGUAUCAGACACCGUUUUGUCUCUUACAGUUGGUCUUUUCCUAGUGCCAGAUUUUCUGCGUGUCUGAGUGAAAGUGAAGCUUUGCAAUAGUGUCCUUUAUUGUCACAUUAUUGUUGUCUAGCACAGGGGAGGAGAGCACUGUGGUGUAACUCUAUUGCAUUGUAAUUUAUCAAAGCUAUUUGGAGCAUCGCUAAUGUUCACCAUGGCAGCGGCUGCUGCUUCCCAUAAUGCUUUCCCAAAGCAGGGUUUUUAGUGAUCUCCCGAGUGGACAACCACUUUUGGGUCACGUUAAGGCCUCAUAUUUUCUCAGUGUCCUGAUAUAGUAUUUCUUACUGUAUCAGCAGAGUUUAUUUUAAUGCAAGCAAAGCCAAGCUCUUCCUGCUUCGCUGAUCUAACACAACCAAAACCGAACUGUUCAUGGAAUGGUCUAUAACAAAUUAAUUGCAAGGUUCAAAUCGUACCCUGUAUGCUAGCAGGAAAGCCUUUUCAAAGUUGCUCCAGCUGACUGACUCCUUUAUCUUGAAGUUGCUAACACUCCUCAGAGGUUUAGGUUGGCUUUCGUUGGCAUGGGUAACACUAACUCUUUGUUCUGCUAACUUACACUAAGGUAAAACAACAUCAGUAUUUCCUGUUUCUUUAUUGCACACUUGUUAAGGAAACAGUCCCCCACCCCACGUCUUUGGAGCUUUAAACAGGUUCCUGCUGAUCAGGAUGUAACACUGGUGUAGGAUGUUGUUUUCUUACUGUGAAGAGACCUACCUCAGGUUACUAGGUCCUGUGUAGUACGUUGCCAUGAUCACUGUACACCAUCCCUGUUUUAUGGGACCUGUGGCCCAGGUGGGCAUGGUCGCUCCUAUAAUAGCCGUGACUUAUUGAAUGGUCAGCGUUGCAUGUCUUUGUCAACUUGGACAUUUUGUAGCCUUAGCAUGUUUGCAGAAUGUCUCGUCGAGGCAAAAAUCUGAAAAGUAAAUAAAACUAUUUUGGGUUUUGUAAAUUUUAUUGGCUUAAGUGGUUUGUUUUGGGCACGUAAAUCACUUCUCACCUUUUUAAGCCUUGGGGGAAACUUUUGCAGGCUUUUUUUUUUUUUGGCAAUGCACUUUGGCCUGAUUUUUUUUUUUUUUUUUUUUCCUUCAGAGUGUAAGUUUCUUUAAAAACAUGGUGGGUAAUUUUUGUGCCUUCCAGCAUUGGGGUGGCUUGCUAUGUAUGUUUGUGUUGAGUGAGUAGGACAGGGAGUAGUUUAUAGUACAAGUAUUCAGGCCAAGUAGAAAGAGGGAGGUCAGAUAGAAUACAGAAGAUCCUUCUUAGGCCAAGAUUUUUCCACAUUUUUUACCUAUGUGUGUUACUGUAAAUAAUGUGGCUGCAAAGUCACAGCAACAAGCAUUUCUGUCUACCGCUAUCACAGGCAAAACCAUACCAUUAACAGAGCUUAGACUGUAGCUUGAAGGUAGCAGCACAUAAAGCAUUAUUUGUUGUACUUCUUAAGUCUUGUCCUGAGCAUGAAUUGAGUAGCACGGAUCUUACCAUGCUUACAGGCCUGGGACCAAGCUUACUCUGUGGCAGGUGCUGGCUGCUGUUUUACUCAGUGUUACUCAAUUCAAAGGGACAAGUAUUAGGUCUCUCUCCAAAGAGCACCUAGCUAAGUGGAGGGGGGUGCUCUUUUCUGACUAGGAAGUUAAGGACAAAAACAAGCUGGAGGGAGACAAGAGGGAGUAGGGGUGCUGGGCCACAGAGGUAAUGCCCUGCUUCUUCCCUAAAAGUAAAUCUGGGUACAACAUGAAGAUGAACGCUGAAUACGUUAAGGGGACAGAGAGCGUGGAAUGUGCCUGCCUAAGACUGGUUAGAACUUCAGUCAGUUGUCAUUUGCAGCUGUGUUGAUGCGGUUGUCUUGGGCCCUGCAGAACUGACUGCAGAACUGACUCUACCCCCAUGAACUUUGGUAUUUGCCUUGAGUAAAAAAAAAAAAAAAAAAAAAAGGGCUAAUGUACCGACUGUUCAAGUGCCACUGGGGUCAAAGGGUGACUUCGUUUUGCAGCUAAGGCUGAGCUACUGGCAGUCUGGGCAAAAGGAGCCAUCCUGAUCUUGUCCUCCUUCUUCUUCCAGGCUGGGAGUUCCUUCAACUUUGUCGAUGCCAGCACUGGCUCUUGCCUGGUCCAGCAGUGACCCAGUUCAGAAAGCUAACUUGCAGAAAGUUCACCUUCCAAAAGCAGGAAUGCUGUACAAAGGAGGAGACAGCAAGGCACACCUGGAAGGGAGGCGAAGCGGGGCUGCUCUUUUUAGUAGGCGCUAACUAUCACACUAGCUUAGCUAUGAGAGGAAACUGUGCUCAGGAUUCAUUGCACCAAACUGCUGCUUACCAGUCGUGCUCUCCUAAAAUGGUGAAUACUUUUUUGCUGCUUCAGUGAGCUGAAAUAGCUCAAGAUAUUAAACAAGUGUCUGCAAUGGAGCAGGCAACUGGUGACAUGUGGACAGCAGGGAUUAGCCCAACUGUUUCAUUAAACCUUAGUCCUAGCAAUGUUACUUUAGAUAUAAGGAGAUAAACUGCCAGAAGAAACAUUCUUUCUGCUGUAAUCUCUUAACUGCUUCAUUUGGCACUUGUCUCACAGAUAGCACGGAAGUAUUGCUUCUCAUUUGGGUAGCAGUAAAUUUUACUGGCUUUCGUCCUGAAUCAUAGGAGCAAGCUGAAACCUGGCCUGGGGCCCUGUCACUGACAUGGAAAGAAGAAACAUCAGUAUUUACGAUGAGACUGAAAUACCUUUUUUGAAGUGUUCUACGAGUGGUUGUUGAUGAUGGGAAUUUUCAGAAAUUGGGUCCUGCAUUAGAAUGUGCAGCGUGAUACCUCGGAGAUUUCACCCUGCAAGCUGCAGAAUGAGACUGUAGGACCGGGAUGGGGAAUUUCCUUAAAGGGAUCUUACCCAAAAUAGCACGAAGAUAACACAUCCUUCUUAUAUAGCAAAGGACAUGCCCAAGACCAACAGACGGGUGACUUCAGAGAGAUUUACUUCAAAUAAUUUUUGUGUUUGCUGUAUGGGCCUUGGGAAUUUAGUUGCAUCCAUUUUGUUCAGACGCAAGCAAGUGCAACAGAUCCUGAUUCAUUAUCCUAAGUUUAGAAACUCUUAGAAUGUGUUGCUGCUUGUCUGAUCUCGUCUGAGUGGGAACGCUGUGCUUGUUUGGGAUGUCAAUCAAAACGGAGGUAGGAGUUUUCUAAAAUUGCCCAGUGGCAUUAGUGUGCAAUUAGAUUGGUAUAAUUAAUUCCAAAGUCAGGCCCCGAAGUCGUGCCAGUCUGAAUGCCUAGGGAAGAUCAUAUACGGUCAGAUCCAGAGGGGCUGGGGCUGUGGUCUGUAUACUGUCCCUAGAUGGAACCCAGAGGAGAUCAAGCAGUCUUAGAACAUUGCUGGGAACAAAAAAGGAGAAAGCUCAAUUAUUUUAAACGGCAAAUUGUAUGAAUGAGACAAGGAGAAAGGUAGAAACAGGAAAGGGUAAGUGCAGAAAAUUCGGUUUACAACAGGAGGAUGUGGAGAGUAAAGAUGUCAGGACAAAAAGUUCCUUUUAAAAAGGGAUUGGAUGAGGACAAAAUUGCUUCUUGAAGAUGCUUCAAAAGAAUAUAAUGAGAAGGCGCAGGGUAGUUGUAGUGUCCUUAUCAGCCAAAGAACGUUUCUGAAUGUUGCCUUGUUAUUUUUUUACUGCAACCGUAGUGUGUUUUACUAUGAUCAAUCACAAAGGUUUUCUUAUAGUCCCAGCUUCAGACUGGUCUGGGAUAAUACUGUGAUUUUUUUGCCCUUGCUUCAGCUGGAGGUGGCAGCCGCGUUGUGCUGGUGCCACAGUUACCCCUCGAGUAUGACGAUGCAAUGGACACUCAAUUGGAACAUGACGUAAUGCUGCUGUCACUAGUGUAAGGCUUGGGAGGCUUUUGGAAUGUACCAGUACGGGUUCAUUAAACCUGCAACCAUGUAA